AUGAUAGAUAUUGACAAUAAUUUGCCAUUGACAAUUGAUUCAGUCAACAAUAUUAGUGAAGAUACUAUUUUUGCUGAACAUUUUCUGAAUAGGCAUAAUGAACUUAGAAAAUUGCAUGGUGCUCCAGAACUAGUUCUCAGCUCCGAACUUAUUACAAUGGCCUGUAAAUGGGCUAACAAAUUGUCAGAAAAAGGACAUGUUGCUUUUGCAGAAAUAAGUGGUGUUGGCGAGAAUAUAACAGUCUUUCCUGAAGAUAUUAGUGCAAAAGAAAUUGUUGAUUAUUGGUAUGAUGAAAAUAGAAAAUACGAAUAUGAAACACCUGGAUGGCAAGCAGGUGCCAAUUAUUUUACUCAAAUUGUUUGGAAAUCAACGAGAGAAGUAAUUUUUAAAUACGUUUAUUGGAAAAUCACUAAAUUAAAGAUAGGAGUAAGCCGUGUCAAACUUCAAUUAUCAUUUGUUGAAAAUCAACAAAAUACAAAUAAAGAAGAUAAUUCUGAAAUUAUAAAGAGAAAUAAAUCGGUAAUUGUUGUUGCAUUUUACAGGCCAGCUGGAAAUUCUAAUCGUAGUGGACAGUUUGCACUUAAUGUUUCAAAGCCAUUAAUUGAGAAUGGAACGAGGUGA